AGGGGAGCGGUGCUUUUUUGGGGAAGAGGGUCCGUCCGUACCGAGCCGAGAGGUUAGCCGGAACUCUGGAGACAUGGGAUGCUGCAGCGUGACCCAGCGGCACACCGGGACCGAUGAGGUGGGACCGGAAGAGAUCGAGCUCCUGCAGAUAGACAACAAUGGGGUGUGGAGCCUGGGAGAGCAGAGGCUGCAGCAGUCUCAGAAGAGCAGGUCGGAGGAGGACCAGCGGCACCGCCACUCGUCUGCCCGGCAGCCUUCACCGGAGCCACAGAAUGCAGAUCCCGUUCCUGCGGAAGUGACACAAUGUCGCAAUUCACAGGCUGUGCUCUGGGGCAGAUCGAGGGAGCACCUGCACCAGCGAAUCUACUUUGAGCCAAUCAGAGACUGGGAGGGGCAGCCAGCGUACGCCUACGGAGAGAUCCUCUGGUCUUCCCUGGUGCAAAUCCACAGCCACUACACAAAGGAGAACAAUGAAAGAUACAUGGUACUGUUUUCCUUCCAUCUUCUGAUGCUGGCCCUGGAUGCCUCCAGCCGUGAGUUUAUCUAUGAGGGUGUCCUGCCACUCUCAGGACUGUCGGUGCGAGCGAUAUCACAGGACGGAAGCACCCCCAACAGGUUCGAGAUCACCGGUCCCAUGGUGGACUCCAAGAUGGUGGUCUGUGCCAGCCCGGCAGACAUGAGGAGGUGGGUGGACAGCAUCCAGGAGAGGAGACGGAAGGCCGUGACGCAGCAGCUGAACACCUCUCACAGCGUGCUGUCCUACCUGGUGCCGUGUGACGAGGGCUGGAAGAAGGAGGAGCUGAAGAGGCACCUGCUGCGCGCCCCCAUCUGGCAGUGGGAGGGCACCCCCAUCCAGCACAUGGGCCCAAUCAGCCACCUGUCCCUGGUCCGCACAGUCAACUCUCAGAGAGAGGGGUCCAGAGAACGUCUGCUGGUGCUGUUCCCUCACGACCUCCUCCUCCUGUCCGUUGACGCUCAGUGCGUCUCUGUGACGUAUGAGGGUCGACUGGCACGAAACGGCAUCAAAGCCCGGGAGCGGAUGUCUGGCAGACUGGAGUUUGAGCUGACAGGUGACCUCAUGGAGCCUCUGCUGGUGUCAUGCACCUGUCCUGGAGACUACGACAGCUGGAUUUUCCACUUGCAGCAGCCAGAGAAGGAUUCCAGGCCUGUCUCAAACCAGCCUGCCCCACCUCUCAUGCCCAAGAAAUCACAGAAACGAACGAACGCCUCACAGGUCCCCGUGUGAGCGACGCCCAGGCAAGCAGCCGCCCCGCCCCGCAGCCUGGACGAGCCUGUCAGCCACGGCUCGCCGCUACGCCGCUGAGGGCGCAGUUAAAGAAGGGGAUUCUGGGUAAUCCUCCGCGUAGCCGCCCCGCUGCCACGCGUUGCCGAUCCCAUAGCGUUCCAGACUAAGGGAAAGGAAAAGAAUACUGCCGCUGGUGCCCAGCGCUGGAUGGAGUUAACAGACCUGAUCGAGUAACCGAGCUGAGACUGCGCACACACGGGCUCAGUUCAGACAAACUCAACGAGCAUCAGCGUGAUUAAAGGGGAGGGCUUGUGACGGCUGUGCAUCAGCGUGAUUAAAGGGGAGGGCUUGUGACGGGUGUGCGCUGGUGAGCGGCGUUGCCGCGGCUUACCGUAGCCCCCUGCGAUGCGCGAAUGGGGAACGACCUGGUCGCCGUGGUGACGGCGUGAAAGCCUCUCCAGCCUUGAAUGCUCGGCUCGAUGACUUGCGGCGGUGUACCCCCCCGGCUCUGACAGGACUCUUCUUCAGAGAGCAGAGCGUCACCAGCAGAAUUCAGGACUUUCCCCCUCUCGCUGCAAAGCGAGAGAAAAAAGGUUAAGCAGGGAUUAUUUACAUGGAACGGCCAAUGACUUAGAAUGUACAACCCAAAUAAUGUCAGGGGUAGACCUGUGCGCCUGAAUGAGUCGCUGCAUAAGAAAGUGUCACGUCUCGAACAAGAUACAUCUGCUAUUCAGAAUCAGAUGGUUUCAAAAUGCAUUUUUGUGUAGUCACACAAAAAAUACCUCAGCACAAUUUUAAAAUACCCCAGGGAGUUUCCUUUCACAAAAUAAAAAAAAACAAAAACAAAUUGCCAUGACUUUGUUUAAAAAACCGAAAUUCUUGACUGGGCUGUUUUUCUCUGCAAAGCUUUGGCGUUUCUAAAGAAAACUGGAAGGGCUAAAGUAGAAGUAUUUGUGUGCUUGCAAAGCAAUAGCUCCCCUUCACAUGUAUUAGAAUGAAGUAUCAUUCUGUGCUUGAUAAACCGAAUUGGUAACAUGUAUAAAGACAUUCUUUAUAAGCUGUAAAAAAGGUAGUGAUAUUUAGAUCAGAAAAUAUGUGACAAUAUGAAACAGGUGAUAUGAAAUGAGAAUCUGUGCUGUGCCUAAAAACAGCUGAAAAGGAUUAAUGAGGUGUUAAUUCUCUUUUCUUUUUUUAUCAUGGUUGGCUCCGUACACUGUUUUCAUAUCUAGGAUGCUUAGUGUAAUGCGCAAUGGUACUAAAAUGAUUUAUGGACAUUCCAUUGAGCUGUGAAAUAUGAAUUUCAGGACUGC